UACAUUCAAUUUAAUUAUUAAAUGAAUGAAAAUACGAAGAACAAGCAGUAGCCAAAAAUAAGAGCCGUACAAUACGCGUAUAAUACGUUAUAUUAUACGGCGUAUAAUACGGCCGGAUAAAAUGAGCCCAACACCGGCUACAACUCUACAAGCCAUGACAGAUUGAAGCAUACAUAAGUAUAAGUCUAUAAAACAAAAACUCAAAAAUCUUACAUUUGAAUUACAAAUUCAGAAAAAAUGCCGAAGUAUAAACAAUACUUAGACAUUAGAAACAAUUCUUUGAUCCCCCGUAAAACAGUUUAUCGCCAUAAGAAGAAAGAAGCUCAGGCAAAUAAUCAUGAAUUUAGCAGUGAUUCCAGUAUAACAUAUUCACCUAAUUCUAAUAACUCUGACGAGGUAUCUAUAUCGUCUGACGAUUUCAUUAAUAAUAGCUGUUUACUGAAUAAUCACGCUAAUAUUGACGUAGAGCAAUAUAAUAAUGAAAUUUCGAUGAUCACAGACUCAUCUUCAAGAUACACAAAUGAGUCAGUCAAUAUGGACACGACUAUGAAUGAAGACGAAAAUACAACUUAUUCAAGUCACAAUGAAGUAGAUGAUAAUGAUGAUGAAAGAGCUGAUAGUGAUCUCUAUCUUGGCCAAUUAUUGUGCAAUUUUUUGAACUGCACUCGUGGUGAAGUAUUGCUAAUGGCAAUGACACUAGGCUUACGACACUCGCUAACUUGGCAAGCUAUUCUCGAUCUUCUCAAAAUGAUAAAUACAAUUUUCAAUGACCGAGUUGUCCCUACUUCGAAAUAUUUUUUGCAAAAAUAUUUUCCUUCAAACGUGAAAAAUGGUGUUUAUCAUAUGUAUUGUCCUGAAUGUUAUCGAUACCUAGGUGCACGUAAUGACUUGGAAAAUAAUAUACAUUGUUCUUGUGGUCACAUAAUAAAUGUUCAUAAUACCAACUCGUAUUUUUUGCAAUUUGACGUUCGUGAUCAACUCAAUCAUUUUCUCAAAGAUGCAAACUUUGUAGAUAAUUUGAGCUACCGAUUCAGGCGAAUAAAAAAAGAUGAAUCGGCAAUCGAAGAUAUUUUUGAUGGUAAUAUGUACAAAAAAAACAGAUUAUUGAAGGAUAAUUUCAAUCUAUCGUAUACUUUUAAUACCGAUGGCUGUUCAGCUGCUGAUUCUUCGCAAACUACUGUGUGGCCUAUCUAUAUGAUGCUGCAUGAUUUGCCGCCCAAAGAACGAAAAAAAUAUAUGAUACUAUCUGGGCUUUGGGUGGAUAAAGUUGAACCAAAGAUGAACAUUUUCUUGGAAAUGUUCGUCAACCAAGCAAAUGAUCUUUCUUCAAUUGGAAUUACGUGGAAACUUGGAAAUAAUGAAGUGACCAGCAAGUUAAUUCCACUUGUUUGUUCUGUAGAUAGCGUUGCAAGGUGUAAAGUGCUUAAUAUGAAACAAUAUAACGGCACCUAUGGCUGCACCUUUUGCCUGCAUCCGACUGAGGCAGUCGAUGGCCAAAGAAAGUAUACAAUUUCCAAAAAUAUUCCUCCUCUUCGCAAUAGCACAUCUGUGAAAAUAUCUAUGCUUGAAGCUUGCGAACUGAGAGGUAUCAGAAGAGAUAUUGAUGGUGUGUGGGGACCAAGCAGUUUGAUGAAUUUAGUUCAUUUUGAUUUGGUGGAAGGCAUGUUUGUUGAUCAUUUGCAUGCUACAUUGCUUGGAUUAGUCCGUCAAUUUACUGACAUAUUGUUAAGCUCAGUUAAUGAAGAUUAUUAUGUCGGCGCUCCCCAUCAUUUCUCAAAAAUUAAUCGACGUCUUCUACAAUUCAAUCCACCAACGAUAAUCACACGGACACCACGUAACCUUAGCGAAAGACGACUUUGGAAAGGAUCUGAAUGGCAAGAUUGGCUAAUAAUGUAUUCCCUUAUUUGUUUAAAAGGAUUAUUAAAAAAUGAGAAUUUUAAUCAUUUGGCAAUGCUGGUAGCAGCAAUGAAUAUACUGCUACAAGAUAGUAUUACCCAAGAAUCAUUGGAAAAAGCCGAAGAACUUUUGAUCAAGUUCGUAAUCCGUUAUCAAAAAUUUUACGGUAAACUUUCAAUGAAUUAUGUUGUACAUCUCCAUUUACAUAUUUGCCGUAGCGUACGCAAUUGGGGUCCACUCUGGGCACAUAGUACUUUUUCAUUCGAGAAUGAAAACCGAUUUUUGUUAAAUAUGAAGCAAAGCCCUGCUCGUUUAAUACCACAAAUGAGCCAAAGAUUUUUAUCAUUCCAAAAAAUUCGUUCCUUCCCCGAAAAAACACCAAUAAGCCAACACGUACAGAACUUUUGUAGUUCAAUUUUCAGCAAGCAACUCAAAUUCUUCUCCCGAUUGGCUGACUGUAUUUUAAUAGGCAAUGGCAAGAACUAUGAUUUAUCAAUUAGUGAACAGCGUAUUUUGAAUCGUAAUAUAAAUAGUUGCCUGACUUACGAUAAAUUAAUUUGUAACAGUGUAAGAUUCGUGACUGCGUCUUACCAUGAAAACUAUUGCACUAAAUCAAAUGAUUCUAUAGUUUUGCUUAAAUCGGGUGAAAUUGGUAAAAUAUUGAAAAUUCUCAAAGUAACUUCUACAUUGCAAGAAGAAGUUAUAUUGUUCAUCAAUAUAUUUGAAAUUGAAAAUGAUCCUUUUGUAUCUACUGCUGAUGUUAUAGUCGACCAUAUAAAAAAAUGUCAUACGGUGAAUAAUAUUCGAAUGUUCACUCCAGCAGACUUAGAUCGACCUUGUUUAUACGCGAAAAUAAAACAAGUGGAGUAUGUCAUCGUCAUACCUUAUGGCUGUUGUGAUGAUUGAUAAAGAUUCAAUGUGACAAAAUAAAUGAUAAAAUGUAUUUUAAUAAAUUAUGUUUCAAAAUGUUA